GAAGCAGACACAACCAAAUAUCAGCGCAUAGGCUUUGUCCAAUAUAAAGAUUAUGAAGAAUCAAAGCAUUUGAUAUUGGAAGAUAAUUAUCGGAUCGAGCCGAUGGUUGUGAAAGUCGAGCUAUCCGACCCCACAACAAAUGUAUACGGCGAUGCGAGCGCGUAUCUGUUGCCUCUUAAUCAUAUGCAGAGAGCGUGGGCAUGGAAAGGCUUCUAUACUAGCGAUUCAACAUUCCUCGGUGAGAUAAAACCAAUUGGUAUUGCUGAAUACUUGAAGAGAAAUCCAGAGGAAUACGAGCGGGAAACCUCGGCUAAAAUA